AUGGUUGAAUGCGUGGCAAAAAUACUUUUAUUAAUCAUAUCAUCGAUCGAGUCGUUGAAAGCAUUACACGGAGAAAAAUAUGUGAUUUUAGUGACUAAUAAAGGAGAUAUCAUUUUAGAGCUGUUCUGGUCUCAGACGCCCAAAACGUGCGAAAAUUUUGCCCGACUCUCUCGGAAUGGCAGUUAUGACAACACCAUCUUUCACAGAGUUAUCAAAGACUUUAUGAUACAGGGCGGGGACCCCGAAGGCACCGGAAUGGGCGGCACCUCUAUAUGGGGCACGAAGUUUGCGGACGAAAUCGUCGAAGAGCUCAAACACGACUCAGAGGGUGUCCUAAGUAUGGCUAACUCUGGAAAAGAUACUAAUGGGAGUCAAUUCUUCAUCACAUUAGUCCCGACUCCACAUCUCGAUGGAAAGCACACUGUUUUUGGUAAAGUGGUCGUAGGUAUGGAUGUUGUCGAAGAUAUCGGUAAAGUGAAGGUCGGGGAAAAUGACAAACCUGUAGAUGAUGUCGUCAUAUUGAGCGCAAGAGUCCACUAA